CGAAGCAGACCCAAAUCUGCGGUACAACAGCUUGCAUUAGAGAUACGUGACCGUGAGCUUCCCUGUGUACUGCAAGAGGCGGUUUCCAUCCUGCAAGACUAACCUUUCCAGUCCAUCGGGAUAGGGAAAGCAUGGAGCGAAAUCACUGGGGAUAAAGUAUGUGGCAUUUGCUUGAAGGGAGAGAGAGCGAGAGGAACUGGGGGUUUUAAACUACAAAUCCCAGAAUUCCUCCACCUCUCCCCCGACACACAAACACACACAUAUACAUAAACUCACACUGGAGCACGUCAGCUCACGUCGGGAACGUCACGGAAUAGUUGGAUCGGUUGCAAUCGGUGAGUUUUUGUUGGUGAAGUUUGUGGACCCGAGGGCAGCGGAGCUGUCAAUCAGCGGCGCGAGUGUCCGGCUGGGACGACAGUGGACAGGGCGGGAGAGUCAGUGUCCUCCCUCCCACCUCACACACAACAACCCUGUCUGUCCAACUAUUAAUCAUCCCGAGUACGGCUGCUCCUUCCACCCCCCCCAGUGUGUUUGAACAGUGGAAUCGUGAUAGAAAGAAGUACCUGGGCUGUGCUGGGAAAGUUAGUUCAGACUUUACUGGGCUGGAUCUGAGAGAGGCGAUCCUGGUUUGUCUUCGCAGCCCUUUUAUCGUGAGCAAGAAAGAUGAGCGGCGGCGAUAUCGUCUACAACGGCUGGCUGAGGAAGUCUCCACCGGAGAAAAAGUUGAGACGUUACGCAUGGAAGAAGCGUUGGUUUGUGCUUCGAAGCGGCCGUCUGACUGGCGAUCCCGAUGUGUUGGAAUACUACAAAAAUGAUCAUGCAAAGAAACCAAUCCGUGUCAUUGACUUGAAUCUUUGUGAACAAGUGGAUGCUGGGCUAACCUUUAAUAAGAAGGAUCUUGAGAACAGUUAUAUUUUUGAUAUCCGAACAAUUGACCGUGUCUUCUACCUGGUAGCAGACACUGAAGAAGAAAUGAAUAAGUGGGUUCGCUGCAUCUGUGAUAUCUGUGGGUUCAAUCCUACUGAUGAGGAUGCUGUUAAAUCAACCAAUCCUUCCAGUAAUGUCAGUACUGAGGUACCCCUUUCUGUACGGCCAGCAGUUUCCAUGGGCUCACUACCUCCCCCCUAUCAGCCGAUCAGUGUGCGACAUCUGGAAUCAUUAUCUAGUCAGGAAGACCCACAGGAUUAUCUAUGGUUAGCCAACUGUGAAAGCAAAAAGCCUGAACCUGCCAGCCGAACAUCAUCCUUUGCCACAGAAGAAGGGGACGAGUAUCUCCUGCUGGAAGAUUUUGAAAGCAAAAAGCAUCCAAUUCACAAGCAGUUUCAUGCAGAUUCUUUGACCAAGUCCACAUCAUCAGAAACUGACUGCAAUGACAAUGUACCUUCACACAAACCCCCAGCACCCCCUGCAUCUAAACAGGCUAUAAAUGGCUUCUUUUCACAGCAAAGCUUUUAUGAUUCUCCGCCACCCAGAAUUACUUCCACAUCUACAGAUUCAAGCCUUUACAACCUGCCAAGGAGUUAUUCUCAAGACCUAAUUGCUGGAACUUGCUCCCCAUUGAUUGCUGAUAGUGAAGGUGAUUCACGUGUAUUUAAUACGCCCUCAAGGAUAUCUGGUCUGGAAAUUCAAAUGAGACAGAUAUCUGUCUGUUAUGAUAUUCCACCAACACCUGGAGGUACUUACCAGAUUCCACGGCCUUCUAUGGAGGGGACCCUGAGUCAAAGUUGCUCAAAGUUAGAACCUAUACCAGAUGUUCCUCCACCUCGCCCACCAAAACCUUCUCUAUCUCAUGACCGUUCACCUGUGGACACCUAUUUUGUACCUCGAUCAUCCUCAGAGGCUGAUACUAAUUACAGCGUUCCCACAUCAGGCAAAACUCUUCGAAGCAAUACCAUUGGCACUGUCGAAGGCCAUUGGCUAAGAAAAGUUUCAGAUACUUCUGCCACCAGUAUUCUGGAGCUAAGCCAGCCAGACUGUGGUCCUCAAGAUAGUUAUGAUAUUCCACGAACAUUUUCAAAUUCAGUCGAUCUUGGGGAAGGGUUUAGUAGCUACCUACAAAAAAAGGGUAUGAUGCCACUGGCAAGUUUGUGUAAUGAAGAACCUGACCAGAACUACGUACCUAUGGAUGCCAAUUCUCCACCACGCCUUCAGACAACCAGCCACCCUGAACCAAUCCAGGACACUAACUAUGUAGCUAUGACACCUGGUCCUUUUGAUUUCCCUGCACUGGGAAUGCAGGUCCCACCUCCGGCACACAUGGGUUUCAGGGUAAGCCCAAAAACCCCUCCCAGGAGGCCUGUUCCUACUGCUGAUUGUCAGCCACCACCAGUGGACAGGAAUCUCAAACCUGACAGAAAAGGUCAAAGUCCUAAAAUAAUAAGAGCUAAACCUGUUUUAGAACGAACUGAUACUCAAACCAUAGGUGACUUUACUCCAAGACGACACAAGGUUAAACCUGCACCAUUGGAAAUUAAACCUUUACCUGAAUUUGAAGAAUUGCAGGAAUUAGCUCCAGUCAGAUCACCAGUGACCAAAACCUUUACCAGAGAAAUCAGCCUCUCCAGGUUUCCUGCUAAUCCCCGGCCUACCUCCGUAGACAGCACUGCUUCCAGCACUGAUUCACAGGAGGACAGUGAAGAAAACUACGUGGCCAUGGAAUCUGCUCCCUCCACAGAUGAUCCAGUUGUAAAACAAGGAUCACUGCAAAGUUGUGAUGGGGGCAACAGUUUAACAAGAUCGAAAGGUGACAAACAACAAGUGGAAUACUUAGACCUGGAUCUAGACUCUGGAAAAUCAACACCACCACGAAAGAAAAGCAAUGGUACAGGUACAGUAGCAGCAGAUGAAAAAGUAGAUUAUGUAUUGGUGGACCAAGAGAGAACCCUCGCACUAAAGAACACCAGAAAAGCAUGGACUGAUGAAAGACAGUCAACAGAAUCGGAGACCCCAGUUAAAAGUGCAAAGUGACCUAAUGCUGUCAUUUAAAAGACCAUCAUGCCUUAUUGAGAUGCCUUUAUGUUCCUGCCGCUAAUGGCCUUCUACUCUAUGUACCCGACGUGAAUAAGCCAACCAUCAAUCAUGAAACAGUCAUAAGUGACUACUGGCCAGUGACUCCAAAUUUUACAUCCAAACAACACACGUCAUCAAAAUGGGGAAAUUAUUGAAAUCAACUUGAUUACUAUAAUUAAGUGCAAGCUGUUUGAUUUUACAUGCAUGGCCUGCAGAGACUUCCUUUGAUCCUGUAUGUUAGCUGAAUUUAGACUUGGAUUGCUUCUAAAUGGUCUAGUAUUCAGUUUUAGAAUGCCAUUGGAAAGAGUUACUUCAGGUACAAGGGGAAGCUAUUAGUUAUCACAGGAAUCUGGCCUCAAAAGUCCUAUGUAGAAAAUAACUUCAUUUUUUUCAUUCUAGAGCAAAUCAUGAAAAUUGUUAAACAUCCAGGCUGAAAAGUAUGUUCUAGCUAAACUAAUUUUCUAUUUUUUUUAAUUGAAGUCUAGAUUUAUUUAAGGUAGGUUUAGUGGAAGCAAUUCUUGACCUGUUAAACUUAACGAAAGUAGUUACAGUAAAACUACUAAUGCAUCGUUCAAUCUCUAGAGCAACAUUGCUGGCAGUGGCCUUUAGAUGACCAUUAUCAAUAAUUAUCUAAAAAGAAAACCCAACAAACCCACCCACUUCCUUUCCAGUAUUAAAAAGUAGAAUAGACCAUAAAUGCCAAUGGUUUCUCAUUCUUUGGUAUAUGUUAACUAAAAUAUCCAGUGCAGAAAAGUGACAAAUCAAUUUAGUUUAAAACUCUGGAAAGUUGAGACUUUAAUCCUUUUGAUAUAGUUUACAUGCCUGAAUUUUAAAAUAAACUUGCAGAGUGCAGAUUCUGCAGGGUAGAGUCAUGCAUUCCUUGUUACAAAUCCAGGAAGAAACUCGUUUGGUAUUCCACAUGAUGCCUCAUAAUUCUAUGCUCAGGUGGUACUUUUUUGGCAAGUUCUAGUGUACUUGUAUCCAAGAUUCUGGUUUCAAAAUGUACAAGUCCCAUUUUAACCAUGUUUUUGAGCCCUUUGCAAAAACUUUUUGUAUUACUUCCAGCAGUAAAUUCUUUAUUGAUUUGCAUAGUAGCAUUAUUGCUUUUACAUUUCAAGAUCAGGGAUGCAGUACUUGGAUUUAAAAAAAAACACCUGCUGUUUAUAAUAGCAAUUAAGUUAUAUGGAACUCCUAUAUCCAGGCGACACCGACAUUAUUUCACUAUUCGUACUAUAUACCAUGUUGGGAAUGUGAUAAUUUUGUUGUACAUAACACCUUUUUUUCACUUAUAAAGUGCUUAUAAACUGUAAAUGUACUAAAAAUUACUAACAUUUGUAUUUACAAAAAUUGUCUUUAUGCAUAAAAAUGUUGAAGUCCAUCAAAAAUUUUAUCAUUAAAUGUUGAAUGAAUGACAAUUUUAUGUGUAUGUUUGUAGUCUUCCAGCUCACAGGCUUUGUAUCUAAAAUAACUACCUUGGCUGAAGUACCCUUUUCCUUUAAUGUAAAUUGCACAGUGAUGGUUACUCAUUAUAAAUAAGCAGUAAUACUACUUGUAUUUUAAUGCAAGUUAUGGAAAUGCCAGACAUAAUGUAAUUGUGAAAUUAAAUCAAUGACCAUAUUCCACCCAGA